UAUGAAUAUUUUUUAUUUAGAUGUAUACAGAAUCUCUCAAAAAUUAUUAUAAUAUCUACCUAAAAGAUAAAUUUUAUAAGAUUAAUAAAAAAAUUUACCCUUCCAGCACUUUUAUAAAUAUUUGCUCCUUGAUUCUUUACAAUGAUGAGCUUGGAAAAAUAUUCCUGGGAAACACCAAGAAUUAUAUCAUUAUGCUUCAAUAACAACUAUAUCCCAAACAAUGUAAACACCCUGCCCUUUGAUACCACUCCUGGGCAUCGCAUUCUAGACUAUACCUCACAAAUCUCCGGAGAGGACCUUCCCCAAGAAAAAAUUGACGUAGAGUUUGAUAUAUUUGGUUAUGUAAAUGCACCUACUCCGGCAUAUAAUAACCUUCCCUUCUAUAACAAUGCACCCUUAAACUAUGAUUUUACUAGUCAUGAUCUAAAUCAAUUUUUAAACAUUCCUAAUGGCAAUCCUGAAACUAGUCAAUUAAUAUUUGAAAGUAACAAGAAUAGUGAGAUUGCAUGUUUUGCAGAUCCUUCGCAUAACUCUUUCAAUAACAACUAUUGUGCUGAUCUGAUAAAUCAGAGUUAUAACCCAUCUAGAACUUGGGAUUCUAUACAUUUCAGCAACAAAGAAAAUAAUGGGGGUCUAAUUAACUUUCGACUAAUCUUCGAUGCUGAAAAUCCCAAUAAUGAGGCAUCGUUUUCUCAGAAGCGGAAGAAAUUAUAUGUAUCCCGCAGCACGUACACAUUCAAAUUUGGUCUUAAUACCGAUUAUAUGAAAAGCCUUUUACAACACCUUGGCAUUGACUCCGUGAAAAUCAGAGCUACUCCCAUGUUUAAAGACUUCGAUAAGAUGUCCCUUCCAGUCAGGGCUUGCUAUUUGCACGAGAAUAUGGAUAGCUUAGGUAGAUCCCAAACUCGGAAACACUUUGUAAUCAGUGGCGAUAUAUGCAGCACGCACGAAAACAAUCAUGAUAGGUUUAGCGUCAGUAUCCCUAUCAAUAUCGAACAUUUUUUUGAAGAUACUAUCGAUAUACCUCUCCAGUUUGUCUGUUUCAGUAGCUGCAGCGGCGGUAUAAAUAAACGAAAUGUUCAACUUGUUUUUACUUUGGAAACCUCAACUAACAUAAUUUUAGCUCAAACUUUGCUGGAUCUCAGGGUUUGUGCAGCGGUUCUUCGUGAUUUUAGAAAAGACGAAGAGAGGAUAAUUUCUGCAUCUUAUUCAACUAAUGAAGUUACGCUCCUUAGGGGCCGGUUCAACAACAAAAAAUGCCAAAAAAGUGAAAGAACUUUAGUCAGCAAUAAAUCGUUGAUCGGUGUUAACCUCAAUGAACAAACGGCGAGCAAGAAGCCUAGAAUAUCCAACAAUAUAUCUAGUAUGGGCAAUAUGUCCUUAAACAAUAUAUCGAAACAUAGUCCUUUGUCUACUAUUUCUGGCGAUACGUUCCAGGAAAGUAGCAGUCCAAAUUCGUUUCCUGCACCUAACUAUCUAAUAAUCCAGAAUAAAGAACAUCACACACUCCUAUCAUCAAUUUUAAACAAACUCGAAAAUUCUGAAAAAUGCGCCGAGCAUAUGCUAAAGGACAUAGUACUUCCGACAAAUAAUUAUAAUAACCACAAUCAUAUUAACAACUAUGAUAAUAAUGUGCCGAUACCAAAUAAAAAUUCCAAUCUCAAUGAGCAAAAUGAUUUGUUUGAUAAAUGUGAAGAAGAUUUGGGAAGUUUUAGUUCUUCGCAAAGAUUAAAUUUUACUCAGGCAGAUAUGAACAACCUGUCAAUUGACAUCAUCAAACGAGGAAUAGACGCUUAUUACCAACUAAUUGAAUUGGCCAAAGAUCUAGAGACAAACCACAAAGAUAUCAAACUUCCUGAUGAUUUGAAAGAAAUCAAUAAAAUUCCACCUCAGCACUUGACAUCGGUAAUGGAUAAUUUGGUGCUAUGGAACAGAGAUUUUAAUAGAAUCACCCAGCAAUAUUCUUUUAGUCUUCCUUCAUCCCUUUCUUCCCAACAAUUAAAACAGUCCCAAAAUAAUUGUAUCCUCACAGAUGAUAAUCUCUUGAUUUAUAGGUACAGGUUCCGACAUAGUAUUAAAAAAUAAUUAAAACAUGAAUCUUUUUUUUCCUUUAUAUUAUUUUAUUUAUAAAAAUCAGUUAAUUUUCAAACUAGAG